AUGCCCAAGUUCUACUGCGAGUAUUGCGACAUUUACCUCACCCACUCUUCCCCGGCGGGCAGGCGUCAGCAUGCAAGCGGCCGUCGCCACAUCAACCAGAAAGUUGAAUACUUCCAAAAUCUGCUUAGGGAGAGUACAUUUCAGGCGCCAGCAUUCAUAGACCAUGCAGUUGCAAUGCGUGCAAUUCAAAUUGUCGCCAACACACCACCUGGUGAAGUGAUGUCAACCCACAUGGGUAACUGCACGAAAAUACGAGAGCCCCGUGGCAGACCUCGUAGGGAUAUGGGUGGUGGGGGCCCCCCUAGGGCUCCUUUUGACGGCGACGAAAGGGGACCCCCCCGCUUCCCUCCCCCAGGGGCCCCCAUGGGCGGUAUGGGUCCCCCACGUAUGGGGGGUGGGCCCCCGCCUCCCAUGAGGCCCCCCAUGGGAAUGCCUAUGGGUGGCCCCCCAAUGGGUAUGGGCAUGCCUGGUAUGGGGGGCCCCCCUCCCCCAUUUAUGGGAGGCAGAUAG